AUGUUGCGGCGUCCCAAGCCAACUGACUCGGAGGCAGACCUCCUGAGAGAGCAGGAGCAGUUUCUGACCUCUGGUGCCCCGUCUGCUGCCAAUGUGGUUCGCCGUCCUGACAAGAGGAGAGGCGAGGCUGGAGGCGGAGCAGGAGAACACAACGGGGAGACUGAAGGAAGCCAGAGGGAUGUGGUUACGAUAGAAGAUCUUCCAGACCAGCUCCCUUCUCUGACGCCAGCCCCCCCAAAGAAGUCUCGCUUUAAAGCUAGUCGUGUCACUUUCGAGGAUGAGGAUGCUGGAGAGAGGCUGGACAGACACGACACUCACAUUAGUGCUGUUCUCUCCAGGAUCGUCGAGAGAGACACAAGCUCUACUCCAAUAUCUCUACCAGCAUUUACAGGCAUGGCUUUCCCCAAAGUGCUGCACCGCUCAGAAACCAGCAGCCAGGUGCCUCUGUCAUCAUCUGGAGGGAAGAAAAGCAUCUUUGCUCGUCAGAUUGCAGCACAGAGACUUAAGGAAGGAAAGACGCCGUUACACUGUGCACCUGAAACUGCUCAGACACCUGAACUCAGGGAACAGAACCUCCCUCCUGAGACUAGUAUGGAUACAGAUCAGUGUGAUGCUGCAGGUGAUCGUUAUCCUACGGUCUCAGGUCCCAGGCUGGUGUCUGGUCAGGGGCUUGGGGGCCCACGUAGCUCAGGAGAGACCAUGAGGAUCCACAGGGAGAACCAGGCCAAACUCCAGGCGAUGUCUCAGUCUGAGAUCCUAGAGGAGCAGAAGAAACUCUUAGCUCAGCUCGAUCCGAGACUGGUGGAGUUUGUUAGAUCUCGCAAAGCCCAGAGCGUCCUGUCCUCUGCCUCCUCAUCCAAACACCCCAAGGGCAAAAGCGGCAAGGAAGAUUUUCCUCUUGAAAGUGCAAGCAGAGAGUCAGACUCCUCCAGUGCUGCUGAGCUAUUUCAGAAACCCCAAGAAGUGGAAAUGGAAGGAGAGGAGGAGGAGGAGGGUGAAGUGCCACCACCACCUGCUUUGACUGAAAGGGAUCUGCUGGUGAAGCCUCAGAAAGAAUGGGUCCACAUGGACAAGCUGGAGCCAGAGAAGCUGGAGUGGAUGAGGGACUUGCCUGCACCCAGAAGGAAAGGAACCAAGAAGGCCAUGCAGGCUCGGUUUGACUUUGCUGGGAGCUUGAUCCCGCCCAUGGAGGAUCUGCCUACUCACCUGGGUCUGCACCAUCAUGGAGAAGAGCCAGAGCGGGCAGGUUACUCCCUGCAGGAGCUCUUCCUGCUGUCUCGGAGUCAGGUCAUCCCGCAGAGGACUCUGGCCCUCAGCACUCUCGCCAACAUCCUCUCAAAGGCUCGUGCUGGAGAAUACCGCUCAGUUCUGAAAGGCAGUGUGACGUCCACUCUGCUCGACGCCGGCCUGCUCUUCCUGCUCCGCUUUGCAUUGGAUGAUGGUGUGGAGGGAGUGAUGUCAGCAGCUGUGCAUGCACUCAAAGCACUUCUAGUGUGUGCAGAGGAUGAAGACUGUUUGGAUUGCACCUUCUCCUGGUUUCAUGGUCUGGCCUCCUUCCCUCUGCUGCCGUCUGCUCAGGAGGAAGAGGAUAAGGAGGAUGAAGGGCUGGACGAAAGUAUGAAGGAGACAGCCAAGGAGAAGGAAGAGAGGAGAAGUGAUCAUGACGUGGCCAGGCAGGAUGUUGUCAAGGGUCUGCUAAAAAUGAAAUUGCUCCCCAGGCUACGUUACAUCCUUGAGGUGUUUCGACCAUCACCUCGAGUUGUCCAGGAUGUUCUGGACAUCCUGACUCGUAUUGCCAGGCACUCCGCCUCGUCUGCCACACAGGUGUUGGACUGUCCUCGUCUGAUGGGGACAGUGAUGUCUGAGUUUCUUCCCACUUCUUGGGCAGCACCAUCCUCACCCCUCCCUCAGUCUGUUUAUGGACUCCCACUGGCCAACGCCAUGAAACUUUUAAGAGUUUUGGCUACCUCUGGCAGACAUGCCUGUGCCAGACUGUUAAACUCUCUAGGAGUGAGGGAACGUCUGUCUUGUCUGCUGAGUGCUGAGCCCAGUGAACUGCUGCUGGAGCCCACUGAGGCCCUCAGGAUCACCACUGAGGCCUACAGGCUGUGGGCUGUAGCAGCCAGCUACGGACAGGCCUGCAAAUUGUACAUAGACCUGUACCCAGCCUUACUGAGGGCACUACAGUCCGUUCACCGAGCGCUGAACCCCUCAGAUCCUCUGCUGUCUCUGCAGCUCCAGCGAGUCCUGGCUCUGCUCUCAUUACUCACACAGGUCACACACACUGCCGGGUGCCACCAGGAGCUUCAGGCCGGCAUGGUCAGCUCUCGGGGAGAGGAGUGCCCCCCGCCUCCUCCAGUGUCUUGGGGACAUGUCACAGGGUUGCAGACAUCUUUGUUGGGCCAUUUGAAAGGCUUUGUGAAGUGCCUCGAUAAUCCACUUCAGAAAGACAGCGGCCUUGCUCUGAUACCAGCUUACCUGCUCUACCUAGAAGCUUAUUAUCAUCAGCUCUCCAGACAGAAUUGUUUCAAGCCAGUAGAGACUCUGCAAGAGCUGGAGCAGCUCACAUCUGAGGUUCUCCUCCCGUUGUUUUCUCACCAUGUUGUCCAAAGCCUGAUAAAGAACCUCAGGUCUUCCUCAGUCGUGUGUAAUGUCCAGUCUAGUCAUCAGAGCCCAGAGAUCACCCCUAGCCUCCCCGGUUUGGCCUGCCCAGGCUGGAGGGAUCGUCCGGGCCUGGUUGUCCCCAGCUCCCCCUUCCCUCUUCUCACAGGCCUGGGGCUCCUCCUGCAAACAAUCACAGGCAUCCACAAAGGUCUCAGCUGUAAGUUCACUGCUCUCCUCCUGUCCGAGCCUGUGAUGGGUUACCUCCGCAGUUGCAGUCAGGCUUCACCCACCCUGUCUCACACUAGGGCUUGGCUUCUCCGACACGAACACCACCUCCUUUACCUGCUGCUCCGGCUGGCACACAGACUGGUUCCCAUUGAGCCACAAGUUGCAACACAGGCAUCAUUGUACCACCAGGUGGCGCUGGUUCUCCUGCUAUGGUUAUUACCAGGCAGCGAGUACCUGGCACAUGAGCUGCUCUCCACUGUCAUCUUCAACAAGGACUUUCUAUCUGAGGGCCACAGCGGAGGCCCGGAGGCUGUAGAGCUGGGAGAGCUGAAGCUCCACGAAGAAACACAGCACUGCACCUCUCCCUCUCUGCAGACUGUCGGCGCUCUCCUGAGAGAGGCCUGCGUCCAGCUGCCGUCCAUCCGAGGCUGCUACCUCACCCACCUGGCCCAUCUGGAGUCCUCUGUGCUGGUGUCCCGAGACGCUUUCUGCGGCCGUAACCCUUGGAUCAACUCCCUUUUCCUCCCAGAGCUCACCGGGCCCACCCUACCGUCUGAUUGGCCUUUCCUCCCGCUCGUCAGUCUGUACGAGCGAACAGGGGUGUCAGACGGUGGAGGGUUAGCGGUGGAGGAGCUGCCUCAGGGGGCUCUGCAGGCGGUGACCCACUGUCUGCAGUGGCUGCUGCUGCUGGAGGUCUGGAGGGAGGAAGCCCUAAAGGUGAUCCCCCCAAUCGCCAAGCUCGCCCGCCUCUCCUGUGUGUUCCUGUGCUCCAGUGACUUGUUCCUGGAGAGACCCGUUCAGAAGCUGACCUGGGGUCUGUUCAGACUGCUGACCAGGCGAUCCAGGCUGGACAUCUUGGACCUGAACGUCCCUCCUCCUGGCUUAGCCUCCUUCCAGGACUUGUACUCAGCCCUUUUGGCUCAGUACGAAGCCGUGUCUUUUGGAGACCGGCUGUUUGGCUGCUGGGUGCUGUUACCCCUGCAGAGGAAGUACAGUGCCACGAUGAGGCUGGCUGUGUUUGGAGAACAUGUGGGGAUGCUGAGGUCACUGGGGGUCACUCUGGAGCAGCUGUCCGUCCCUAUCGAGCGGUUCACCUCUCCCCCCGAGGACUCCCUCCCUCUCCUCCGUCUCUACUUCCGCUCUUUGGUAACUGGGACCCUGAGGCUCUGCUGGUGUCCGGUCUUAUAUGUGGUCGCCUUGUCUCACGUCAACUCCUUCAUCUUCUCUCAGGAUGCCGCAGCACAGGAGGUUGAAGCAGCUCGACACAGUAUGCUGAGGAAAAUCUACUACCUGACUGAUGAGGUGUUGAGGAACCACUUGCUGCUCUUCCGUCUUCCCCAACGGCACUCAGAGUUUGGCUUUGAUAUGUACGAGCAGUUGCCUCCCAUCAGGGCGAAGAGGUUGGAGAGCAUCCUGGGACUGCAGGACAGCAAUGAUGACAAAGGAGACUGAGAGAAGCAGAGAGAGGGGGAAAAAUGAAGGUGGCGAGCCAAAAACAGAAGAUGCAGAGAAGCGACAGACAGUGUAGGACUGAAGGCAAAGGGAAGGAGAGGUGAGCAUGAGUAGAGGAUGCUGGGAAAGAGAGGCUCACAUUGGGAGACAGUGAGACGUUGAUUGAAGUGUCUCAUCAAGAUGGGUCUUGUCAGAAGAGCCAACGUGGUCUCAAGGAAAAUUUUCUGUGGCCUCCUCUGUUAAAGGAAACCAAAGCUGAGGACGACCUGGUCAGCUGUGAAUGAAGUAGCAUUUGCGAAUAAUUUUUAGCACUAAGUCAUACAGGACCAUCACUGGAAAUGAUCUGAAAGUCUGUUGAGUGUAUUUUUGGUUUUCUAAGUUUACUCUAACCUGUCCCAGCCACAACACAGCCAAAGGCUAAACACAAAUGCUAAAAAUUAAGCGCAGAUGCUGCGAGGCACCAGGCCCAUGAACCGUUCCUCCGAGCCAGUGGGAGGAAUUGAAUGUUUUUCCUUGUGACAACAGCGUUUUGCCGGAGUUACUGUGUUGCUUCAAAAACAGCCCGGGACAGUUCUUGGCAUCUCAGAGUAAAGACAAAACAUCCUACUUUACAAGUGCCUGAAAUGGUAUUUUUGUGAAUAAAACAUAAUUUCAAAUCUGUGUAAACUUUUUAUCUUUUAAUCACUAUACGACUCAGUACUGGAAUUAUAGCCCAUAAAAAUAGUAUUUAACUGAGUUUGUAACGCCUGUGGCCACACCACACAUGCCAGCACAUAUAUUUUGAUGGAAAUAGAUUAAAGUGGGGUCAAAAACCAGCCAGAUUGGGGCUCAGAAGGAUUCAGAUGAGCAGAAUGAAUUGUUCCCUCUCAGUGUCACUGAUCAAUAACACUCACUCUGAAGUCCUUCACUGACAAAGUCUCCAUUGCUUUUCCAUUGAAGCUGCCCUAACUGUUGCCAGUGUUAGAUCAGGUUUGGAAAAUGCCCAUAAGGUGCCUGUGUGUUUAUAAAUCCCCUGUUUGUGCUCCGUUAGAUAACAAGCCAAGCACAACAUUUACACUUAAACUUCUCACUUAAUCUGUUAAACAUCCCACAUUAUGACAACUUUUAUAAGCAAAACUUGGGAGAUUGAAUAUAUAAUUUUUUAAAAUUACUUUUGUGCGAUAUAAAUAUUCUGAAAGCAUUUUAAAAAAUAGAUGCAUCUGCCAAAAAACAGGUCUUGGUGAUUUUAUUAUUUUCUAAGCAUAAAAACUCCAGCAAACCCCAGGAAUGUCUCGAUCGUCUUAAUUUAUUAGUUCAGCCGUACAUAACUACAAAUCUGUGUUUAAUAUUUUAUGUUCAGUUUAAGCAUUACACAUUCCUCUGUGAAAACAUUCUUUCAAGCUCCUGUGCUUUUCAUGCGCAUGGUUUGCAGUAGAUAGCUUCAGACAGACCAGAUACACUUGUGUUUUUUCCCUAGUUUUUUAAAGAGAGCAUGGUGUUUCUUUUAAUAAUGACUCCGUUUGCAACAGUGCAGCACAGCAUCUUGAAAUACAAGAGGAGAAAACAACACAAAGGUUGCAGUGUUCAACAGGAAGUGAUUCAGGAGUAAAAAGCCUUCAGGGUUCAUAAAAUUUGCAGGAGUAAAGCCAGUGGAUGCUGGACUGGAGGAAGCUCUCCAAUAACAAUAACUGACAUAUACUUCGAGUCAAAAGUUCACCUCCAUUUUUCAAGUUGUUACUGAAAUUCACACAGUGUAAUGUUUCAGUCUACUCUGAACUUAAAGGAUAGAACAAAUGAUUAAAAAAAAAAAAAAAAACGAAUAACUUUUUCGAAACGAAUAAAUUUUUUUUUUAAAUUUUUGACUCCACAAUGGAAAUCAAAUGUUCAGAAGGUUUGUCUGUUCACAGCUGUAGUUGUCAUGGAUACGCUGCACUUGUUGCUUUGCUUUCACCUUCUGUUCAUCGCAGACAAGCUCGACUGGGUUUAAGUCUGGAGACUGUGCUGGUCCUCCGUCAUUUGAAGCCACCGUCUUCCUUACUUCCUUACCUUACUUCCUGCAGUGCAGUAUUGUACUAAUAGUGUAUCAGAGGGUGUAGAAACAGAUUGUUCUUUUAUACAGACAGAGAGGUUUGUAAGUAAUCACCUGUAGGAAUUGUUUGAAUUAACUUUCAACGCUUCAUUAACUUCCAUUACAGCACUACUUCUACUUCAUGACUUAAACUUCCUCUUUUUUUCCUUUAAAGUUCCCCACUGCUGACCUUUUCUAACAUUUACGGUUAUUCACUGGACUUUAACUGUUUACAUUUCAAUAAAAACUGGAAAAAUAGAAGUCUUUCAAAA